AUGGGAUCUUCUACUCGGAUCGAUCUAGCUUCGCUAAAUGGAACGCCUUACUCAUCUUUGUCUUCGUACUUUUCCGAACCGGCUCGUGAAAAGAACAUUGAUAAUGCGGCAAAGACUCGCCAGAAUAAUAAUUACUCAUUUGCAGAAAAUUCGAGGGCUUUUAACAGUGUUAAUAAUAAUAAUAACGACUGCGUAGAUUGUCAGUUUGAUGGAACAAGCAAUGGACUCCAUCCACUGGCUAAGAGUGCGAGUGAUAAAUUGAUAAGCGCUGGUUCUGAGACGGACGAUAGUUCGAUAAACGAUUGCAAUAGCUUGCCGAGUACUUUUGAUCAUUUCGCGUUGAGUAGUCAAUCUAAUACCAUGAGGAGGACUAAGCGCGAUGAAAUGACCCCCAUUGUCUCGGGUGGGGUCAGUAGCGCUGAUUAUUCCAGACCCACUGACAACAUUAAUUGUGGAAAAGAUAAACCAGGCGUUGAUAUAACCCUUCCUGAGACAUCUAAAGACACUGGUGCAAGUACAACUAAAUCUUGUGAAUUUUUUAUCGACUUGUCGAACGAGUCUGAUAAAACACCCAAGAAUAGCAAAAAAGAUUUAUCUCCUAAAAGCAAAGCUGUUGUUGAUAAUGUUGAGAAAAAAAAUAUAUUUUCAAUGUUUAUUGACUUGAGCGAGCCUAAUUCAAGUUCAAAUUCGGGUUCUAAAAAAAAUGAAGAUUCAGUUACUAGUAAAGAUAAAAAAUCAUAUAAAUUGCUAAAUCGCAUGACUGACAGCGCCAAGAGCUCAAGCAACGAGUCCCCGAGUGAAUCUUCACGAUCUAAAGAUAAAAAACAAAGUGUAUUUAUGUUUAUCGAGUCUGAUUCUCCAGUUGUGCGGCGACGUACACUAUCAACAUCAAGGUCUGCCUUGCAAAGGCACUCGUGGAAUGUCGCUGAUAAAUCACAGAGUCCGGGCAACGGUAUUGUCGCCAAAGGAACUACAGACGAAGCUACAAGUUUUUACCGGCAGCACAAACGGGCACACAGCGUUUCUAUCGAACCGCUGCCGGGCGUCGAUAAAUUGUUGCUAGCUAACCCGAGUGGCUCCAGUGUCUCGCUUAAUCAAUUGGAACGUGGCUCCUCGCUUCCAGCUAAGCCUACGUCCCUUGACAAAGCUAGUGUCAGUGUCACGACUUCCUUUGAGGGAUAUGACAACGGGAUCCGCGACACUCCGCCCAAUUCUCACGUGGAGAUCAUCAAUGAUUCGUUAAGAGGAUGCGUGAGGCGGCAAGAGUACAAGGACCUGAUGCGCAGCAGCAUGUGUUCAAGCGCGGGUGCUUCGGUGGACCCCAAGAUUUUUGACGACGACCAGUCGGAGGUGUCUCAGUCCCAGUCCCAGUCUGUGUGGGACAAAACCGGGACUGAGAGCACCACUGGGACUGAAGGACACACCAGGAAGAGCGAGACCUUUGACAUCAGCAGUGGCAGCGCCAGUGGACCCUCUCGCGGGAGUGAGAAUCAAGAGUUUGAAUUGGGAGAGUUUAGAACUGGAUCUGCUUUGAAUGACAGGAGGAGUGUUGAAGUGCCGAGUAAAAUAGCGGAGACUCACAAGUCUUUGACGGAAACUAUUAAGAAGAUCGAGUGCGAGUUUAACAAACCGGAGUACUGCGAGCCGGUUAAAAAAUCUGAUACUGGAUCGGGUUUUGUUCGUUUGUCAGAUUUAGACAAAGUUCCUCCUAAAUCUGAAGCUUCUGAUGUUGAAGCGCGCAAUAUAAAUAUGCCUUACAGAAUGUGCAGCAGCAUUCCAGAGAUGUCUUGGGUGGAGAGCAAGCUGGCUGUUAACCGGACCAACGGGCCUUGCCAAGUCCGUACUUUGUCUUCGAGGAAAUUCACGUCAAUAAUGAGCACCUCGCUGCCUGCUAAGCACAAAUCACCAAUAGAGGAGUUUGCUAAUGAGUAUGAGGUCGAGGGAAUUGUUUCAGAGUCGGAUUUAAGCAGCAUGCAAAGCAGCAUGGGUCGUUCUGGAGCAGACGUUAGCACUGAGGAGACGGAAACUUCUAGUUUUGCGAAUACUAAACCCUAUAAUAGACUCGGGGAAGAUCUUCUGAGGAUGUUCUUGGAAGAAAUAAAUCCAGAUGUGACAAUAGACGUCAGCGGGAGACGGAUAAGAGCGCACAAGUGUAUUUUAAGUUCUAGGUGCCAGUACUUUGCUGCUAUUCUCAGCGGUGGUUGGAUUGAAAGCGCGGGCAAUGUUAUAUCACUGCAAGGGUACUCUUACAGCUCCGUUCACUUUGCCUUGUGUCAUAUUUAUAGUGGGGAGAGCAACAUACCGGACUCGAUAAGUAUUGUAGAGCUUGCCACGCUUGCGGAUAUGCUUUGUUUGGAAGGUCUUAAGGAAGUUAUUGGUUAUACUAUCAAAGUUAAGUACUGUCAUUUGUUCCACAAGCCUUGUCAAAUUUGCGCCGUGGGAGUUUUGGAAUGUCUGCCCCUUGCGGCAGCCUACGGGCUGGAUGAAGUGUAUAGGAAGUCUCUUAGGUGGAUCACUAGGCACUUUGUUCGUAUCUGGCCUUGCAAAGCCUUCGCGGCUUUGCCUAGAGAGCUUAUUGAUAAGUGUUAUCAUCAGCACAUUGUUCAUAUGUCGGCUGAUAAUAUUUUGCAGACUAUUAUGGACUGCGAUAAGCUACUGGCGACUUUGCCGAAUGUCAGGUGGGCGGAACCAGUCUUUAGGAUGGUUUCUAAUCUUUUGGAGACGGCGCUUAAAUUUUUGUCGGAAAAUUUUACAAGUGUGCUGAGCAAUGAGAGCUUCCAGGCACUCGGGCGGGAUCUUACUUGGAAUAUCAGUCGGUUGGAAGACAGUGUUCUUGCUGCUGCUGAUAGACUACCUCCGGAUCAAGCUUGUAAGAGUUAUGCUAAGCUCGCGAAAAUGAUGGCGGCUGUCAAGACUGAUGAGGCGAUUACUAAGCCACCCUGGGGAGCGUUGUUUGUUGACUUUUUGGGGAAAAUUCAAGGAAGAGUGGAAAAAUGUCUGGUCAAGGAAGCUUCAAGAGCAUCCAGAACUACUACUUGGAUGAAAAUGGACCUUGAAUUGAGACGCAGAAUCCAGGAGCUUGCUUGUCUUGUUAUUUUGCCGCAUGAAUCACUCAAGCGACCUUCCAGACACUCUAAUUUUCUUAAGGAUUCUAAGACUCCACCGAGCAGAACAUCUGCUAGCAGAAGUUUGGACCUGAGGCGAGUUAAAAUGACGAUGACUGAGGCUAAUAAAGCAGCGGCCAAGCCGACAGUUAUUGCACAAACGAGAAAGAUAUUGCCGAAGCCUAAGAGCGAUCCUUUGGAACACACUGCUCAGCAGUUACCAGAACGUGUAACUGUUCAGCAAAGACGUAAAAUAAUGAUCUCAUCAUCAGAUUCCUCACGAACAUCAAGUCCAGCGAUGAAACGCGCUGUAGAGAAAAAACCAAUCACCAAAUUAAAAGCAGCUGUUAAAAAAGACAUGAGAGCAGUUUCAUCCGACAGUUUGACAGACACAAGCGCUAAGCCGUCAGCUAAGCGUGACAACACCAGUAAAAGUUGUGGGAUUACCAGACCCGAAUCUCCGUCGCUUGAACCUAAAGACGCUGAGAUCGGGCUUUCCGCUGAUUCGUUAGCAGACUCUAAAAAGAAGCCACUGACUGUCAAGAAAAUCGAAAAAAUGGACACUUCGAUGUCUGCUGACAGUUUGAUGACCGAAGUUACCGCAACUCCGAAAUCUGUAGUGUCCAACAAAGUUUCUCCUACUCUCGGAAGACCCACUGCUAAAAGCCUGGCUAUGGAACGUGCUAAAAAAUCAUCACCACCCGUUCAACAUAAAAGCCCGCUCGGAGUCACCAGAAGACCCGUCAGAUCCGUUGAAAGCUCAACAGCCGCCAGCCGGAAUCGCGUUGCUGCUAUCAAUGCUUACCACGGAUCUCCUAACUUACGCAGAAACCUCCUGGAUGCCGCUAAGACUCCUGAAGUCUUGGUUCCCAGUAAGUUAGUUAAUGGAACUGCGUCGAAAGUUAAUACUCGGCAGAGUCUGCCUUCCACGAGCACUCCUCCAGCUUCUAAGCGGGAGAAAAAAGACUCGAAUCCUUCCAGCAGCGACAGUCCCAGCAAAAGAUCUCCUAAAUCAAAUAGUAGUGGUGGUGGUGGUGGUGGUGGUGGUAUUGGUAAUAGAGUCAAUCGUAAUUCACAGGCUGCUAAAACAACUAAAACAGUUGUCAAAGGCACUGAGGAAAAAAAUAAAUUAAAGUGCCAUAAUGUUGAUGCUUUAAAACAACUCACUGUUGGAUCUAGAUCCGGUACAUUUUUAAAAGACGAACCUACAAUACUCAAAAAGUCAGACAUGAAAACAACACAAGUAACAUCUUAA